CACGUUUGGAAUAUUUACAUCAUGAUUGUACCAGUUACGUGCCCAAGUGGCAAGGUCAUUGAAUGGGUUCUGGUUGAGCUUCAAGGAAAAAUAGAAAAUCUUACUGAGGACCAAACAUCAGAGAUAGGCGUGCUGCUCUCAAAAGAUCCGGAUGGCAAGGCUCUGCAGUUGACUAUCGGGUAUCACCAGCUGGAGGGCAAGCGAAUCCCGCUCAAGAAGCCCCUUGCAAUCCUUAGCAAGUGCGGCGGCACAACCGUCGCUGGGAGCAGCAGCACUUCCUACGAGGUGUUGGGCGUCAUCCGAAUUCAAUACCUGUUUAAGACGCGGCCGCGGGCGUUGAUUUCCAAGCCAGCUGGGCGAUGA